AUGGAUGACAGACAGGAUUGGCAGGAGUUCCUCACCGAGUCAUAUCACAGCUUGGCAAGGGUCAUACGUCCUCAGUGCUUCUACACCUACCUCAGGUCGAAAAAUGUAUUCAACCUCUGCGACCAAGAAUACGUCGAAAAUACCUACGUAACAACUGUUAUGAAAGCAGGCUGUCUAAUCGAUACAAUAAUGACAAAGGGUGAGCCGGGAUUCAAGGCUUUCAUGGAGAUAGUGGAGUAUAAAUAUCCGGAGUUAUUUCAAACUGUAACUGGAAGAUCACCAAGAUUACCACCUAGAGACACGCAGGAACCGCUGCAACAAGCACGAAAUGUGGAUAGUUCCCUGCUGUCGCCUGAUCUGACGCUGAUCAUUUUACAUAUUGCCUUAAGAAAUUCAAGAGUGUUGGGGUCCAUCGGGCCGAGAACCUCGAUACAUAUUGGCAAGAAUUCCAUCGAGGGGAGGGCGUUCCCAUAUUUUUUCAUUUUCUCGUCCGCUGCCCUGGCCGCGGCCAAACCGCAUUCUUUACUUGUCAGGUUUACGUAUCGUUCGGCGAGGGUGCCAGGGACCGUAACAUCCCACGCCAAACAUCUGCCGGCUCUCCAAGGUAUUAGUGUGCAUCCGUCCGGGCGCCUACCAUCAUGCGCAGAAAUGCCGGAUGGUUCCUUGAGAACCGGGAUUGAAGCCUUGGAGAAGAGCCGACAAAUGGCGGUGCGCAGGGCUCCGUCAAAUUCGCCCAAUUUAGAAGGGUCAAUGUGUUUGGAUGUACGCAGGAAGUACAUCAAUUUGGGCAAACUGAGGGCAUUGCGGAUAAUAGUCAAGGCAUCAUGGGCCGAAAGACAGGAAACACGACCCAGGGCGAAUUUAAGCUCAGAGUAUUUUGCUCCGGAAUGGCGGACUAGGAUAACAUCAGUGACGGACUCAUUGGGACUGUUGAUGAAGUGCCUGGGACCUCUCCAAGAAUCCUUAAUGGAGAAGCGUGAAGCAUUCAGAGAAUUGGAAACACGGAUUUUGACUUUAAAAGAAGAAAACGAAGAAUGCAGUCAACAAUUUCUAGCCCAAAUAGAGUUGCUUAAACAACAAAUUGAUAAUAUUAAUAUCGAAAAAGAAAUUCUAGAAAAAGAUUUAACAUCUUGCCGUCAGAGCGAGCAGAACUACAAGAAGCUCUAUGAAGACAUGAGGGCCCAGAGAGAUAGGGAGCAAGAGAGAUCCAUCCAGCUGAGAGAGAGAUGUGACGUCAUGGGGUCAAAGGUCAAUAACCUCAGCGUUGAAAUAGAGACGGAGCGUCAGAGGUCAAUGAAAAGGCGAACCACCACACCCAACGACCUGGACGAUGGCGAUUGUAAUGACGAUAGAUCGUACAUAGGUGCCUUUAAAAAAGUCGAAGAAGAUUUGAAGAGAGAGAGAGAGAAGAACAAAAAACUGAAGGAGGAAUGUCAGGGGUACAUGAAGAAGUAUAAGGAGGUAAUUGAAAGAGUGGAAAACCUGGAAAAGGAAAUGGAAGAGCAGGUAGAGAAGCAGAACAGCGAGAGUCCGGAACAGAAAAUUAUCCGGAAUAAGUACUCCAAGAAAGAGUGCCUCCCGAGGAUUCUAGAUAGAGAGAUCCCCAACCAAUCAAAAUCAGAGCAGACGACAAACGCCUCGGGCAACAGUCGCAACGACGUCAAGCGAUUCGCGACGAUCGGCGCUUCUCCAUUGGUGGUUUUUGCACCGCGCGAUGUUGAAAAAGAAUUGAGGAAUAUACUAGCUAACUCUAUCAAACCAUACCCUAUAGAGGUUAUUAGAAGCGAGGAGGAGAUGAAUAUGUGCGCAUACCACUCGGACAUCCUCUAUUCAACACCACUCGGGAAUGAUGGCGGAUAUUGUUGUAUUAGGUAUAGUUCUUUAUUUGAGAUGAAGGAAACGUAUCUAGUGACGGUACCGUGCGAAUGUGUAUUUCGUAUGAUAAAGAACAACAUCAUACCGAUCAUCUGCCUCGUCAAAUUUUACGACAUGGCAGGGUUUUCAGAAUUAAAUAGAGAGGAGGAAAGGUUCGAGAAGGAGAAUAUAAAAUAUCUCUCACUGAAGCUAGGAGGCAGUGACUGGGAAGAUGGUGUUUGGUGGAGGUGA